CUUGUCGUUUAUUCGACAAAAGGUCUUAGUCUUCCGAAACGGCGGCUCGGAACGUCGAAAGCAUCGACCACUUUGGCCGUUUCUAGGGUUUCCGCGAGGAAGCCAAAUUGGACAAAUUAAAGGCACGACGAGCACGGCCGUCGGUGGAGACAGUUUCUUAGGAUGGAUCGCGACGACAGCGCGAACGAGGGCGACAGCUCGGUGGACACCGUCAUUGCCCGGUCGUCACUCGAGGAAGAGGAUCCGAAGGAGGACCCGGAACGAGCGUCGACGGAGUGCGUCGCCGUCACGGCGGAGAGUAACUCGAGUCUGGAUACAGUGGCGAGCAAGGAUGAGAAGAAACGUGGCCGCUUUGGCGCCCUGAAAAAGAGCUUCCGGAAGGAUGGGGGCCUUUUUAAAAUCAAGAAAAAAUCACCAGGAGAUCGCACAUUCGCUCGAGGCUCCGACGCCUCGCUCCCAGAGCUCGCACUGAUGCGAGACGAAGACAGUCCCAAAGGGGGUACGCGAAAGAAAGUGGAAAAGUUGAAGAAAGAGAAGAAGUCAAAUUCACUCGUCCGUAAGCUCAGUUUGAACAAGUUCAAAUUAUCGGGAUCGGAACAGGAAACGAGACGCACACCGGAAGGUGGGGACAGAAGUCGUUCGCAAAGCCAAUCGUCCCAGGAGUCUCAGAGCCAAUCGGACAGCCCUUGUAAGCUGGGCGUCACCCUGCGGAAGGGGGCCAGAGACUUGGAAAAGGGAAAUAUUGAAAAGGAAAGGCUUGUUGUUGCCGAGGGACACCUGCGAGAGGAGGGAGAGCAGAGAUCGAACAAGCCGACGCGAUCGACGAGGCUCGAUAGCCUCGAGAAACCUGUAAGCACCGUCACGGUAGUGCAGCGCAGGUCACCGUCUCUGACCAUUAGAAGCAUACCGAGUCGAGAAGUAUUGACGAAAAUUUAUGCCGAAACGCAGAGUGCUGAAAAAGUGACACAAACGAGCGACUCUCCCGAGAAAACCAAUUGCGUGGUUUCAACACUUCCCUACGCGAUAUCGAAAUGGUCUGAUGGUCCAGAGUACGGGAAUCCCGAGAUCCGGAGACCGAAGCUAUCCUUCAAAUCAGACUCAGAAUCGGCGAUACAUCCCGCGAAAACACCGCCGCUUGAACUUCGCCGCAAGUUAUCACUCCUUGAUGAGAAGCGGGCAAUCUUUCGACGUCGAAGGAUCGACACUUCCGAAGAAUCCUCCACGAGCACAGUGAUUCCAGCGAGAAGUCACGUCGAACCAAAGGCUCAGACUUGCACUGGGAAUAUCCGGGGCCCAGCGCGGCACAUAAGCGUGCAAAAGUUCGACACCUUUUCAACCUUCGAGGGAACAUUUGACGAGGAAACGGGCCUAGGAUACCUCCAAGGAAUCGAAGAGGAUCGAGCGGAGCACUUUGAUCAUCAAGUCACGGGACGUGCGAGUCUCAGGACGAUGAGCAACGCACCGACGAUUGCAGACAUAAUGGAUAAAUCUCGAUCGACUAGUCAAGAUAGCGCGACAUCUCAGAACAGUGGCCCGACUGCGGGUGUAGGCGAAAAGCGGGAACACCUGUACAAAAUACUCGUGAUAGGUGAACUGGGGGCAGGCAAGACGUCCAUUAUCAAAAGAUACGUUCAUCAAUUCUUUUCUCAGCACUACAGAGCCACCAUAGGGGUGGACUUUGCCCUAAAGGUUCUCAACUGGGACCAGCAUACAAUAAUAAGGCUACAGCUAUGGGACAUCGCAGGUCAGGAGAGAUUUGGAAAUAUGACGAGGGUCUACUACAAAGAGGCAGUCGGUGCUUUCAUAGUUUUCGACGUAACGAGAAGCGCCACCCUCGACGCGGUGGUCAAGUGGAAACAGGACCUGGAUUCAAAGGUCCAGCUCCCAGAUGGUUCAGCCAUUCCAUGUGUCCUUCUGGCCAAUAAAUGUGACCAGCAAAAGGAAGGCUUGGUCAACUCUCCAAAUAAAAUGGACGAGUAUUGUAAAGAUAAAAACUUUUCUGGCUGGUUUGAAACCUCGGCGAAGGAAAAUAUUAACAUUGAAGAGGCGGCGAGGUUUCUCGUCAACAAGAUUCUCCAGAACGAUCAAAUCAUAAAGGGAAACGGUGCGCAAGAGCAAUCAGACGGCGAAAGAUUCGCUCUGAACCAAUCACCAACCAACACAAAGAAGUCCUGCUCCUGCUGACAUCAUUUUUCAAGUCUAAGGCAACACGCCGCCAGGACAGUCCUGCACUUACUUUGACCAAUUGAAAGAAAUUAAAAACGUCCGCUGUUUUAUGACAAGGUUCACACUGCGGGCUUCAAGCCACUCGAAGACUCAGGUCUCAGGGCUUCCCGAACCAAAACUCUAACGCAAAGUCGUUCAUGCAUCCAUCCAUUCGUAGAUCCGUUUCAAGAGGUGUCCUGACGCAUUUAUUCCUCCCACAUCCGCACCUCCUAAUACACGGACUCGCAAAGUAUUGAUAACUUGGCGUAAACAUUCCUUUCAGUGCGUACAUUUCUUACUUUCCACCACGUAAAUAUCGUUUUUAUUGCACACAUAUUCACAUCACGAUCAUCCAAGUAAUUUAUUAAAUUACUUAAUUAUUAUUGAAUAAGCGUUGAAAAUUAAAAAUAAUGAAUGAAAUAAAAGUUUUGAAAUGCCUUAAUGUUCGCUAAAAAUUUUAAUCACAUAUUGUAUUUUAUGUAUAGCUAUUCGAUAAUUCUCUUUGAGUAAGUUCCUUUCUCGCGUAAGUUACCCGUAAGUACAUCCCUAACACUUUUAUCGAAUAACGUAUAAUCAUGGGUAUCGAUAAGCUAUACUGAAGAAAAGUGCCAUUUUAUUUAAAUACAAUCCAAACACUGUUAUACGUAACACGUAUACGUAAGACGUUGAGAACACAUGCAAGGUUGCAUAAGUAGGUACGUAUUACACGUCAAUGAAUCGCCUCUAAUGACUUUCAACCCCUGUUUGGCAUUAAAUACGUUCUUCCGAAAAAAAGGAAUACCAACCACACGUUCGUGUAAAUGAUCUGUGUAAAAAAUAAUUCACCGUCAUUACACGAUUCUUCGCAGAAAAAGAAGAAGCAAAACCUUGAAGUCAGAUAAAUUUUUAAAGAUUCUAUCCAUUUUAGCCCAGAUCAAUCCGAACGAAAUUUAUUAAAAUUAUACUUCACCGAUUUUUAAAUUCGAAGCUAUUCCAUAGUCUGUAAGAGAGCCUAUAUGUAUAGGCUUAUAUUCGUAGCGAAAUCCUAUCUCGAAAUGUGCGUGUAAAACUGAAUCCAGAAUCUUGAUUGACUGACUAUGUCCAUUCAAUUAAUAGGUGAAAUAAAAAGUUAUGUUUAUCUAGUUCCAAAACGUUCGCUUCGAGAUAAGUUGCGUUCUGAAUAUGAGCCAAAUUCGAUGUACAAUAAUAAUUGUAUAUGCCUUCCAAUAUUAAAGUGCCAAAAAAUUCUUUGCUCGUUGAAAGUAAACUAUUGUAUUAAUAAUUGUACAUAGAAAUACAAAUGCAUGUAUAUAUAAUAAAGUAUACAGAAUCCGGUUGGAAAAAUAAUCAUGAAACUAAAUAUAGCAACGAUGAUAAAAUCAGGUGUUAUAGAAGAAGAAAAUUCAUCAUUCAUAUAGACUUUGGCAAGUUUGCACUUUUAUACAUAACCAAAUGUAUGAUUAAUACAUAGCUUCAAGAAUAUCCAGACUAACAAUAAGACACAAAUGUUUCAACAGUAUCUGUAACUCGACUGUAACGGUUUACUUGUACUCCAUUCCGCAUCUACUUUCUUAUGUAUGUUUUUGACCGAGAUAUUAUUAAAUUAUAUUCAUUUGUUA